AUGGCAAUGGGGUACGCUAAUAACGGUUUUCUUGGGCUUUUUCUCUUCUUCAUGUCUAUCUCCAUUCUAUUUUCUUCACCAACAGCAUGCACAUUAUUUGAAGUUCGUUGGGUCCCCAACCUUUCAGAAGAUUACACUCACUGGGCUCAGAGAAACAGGUUUCAAGUCAACGACACUCUUUUGUUUAAGUAUAAAAGUUGGUCUGAUUCAGUGUUGGUGGUAAAGAAGGAGGAUUACUAUUCAUGCAACACUAACAACGCCAUGCAAGAGAUGGACGGUGGUGAUUCAAUGUUUACUUUUGUGAAAUCGGGUCCUUUUUUCUUCAUCAGUGGCAACGCUCAAAACUGCCAACGUGGUCAGAAGCUAACCGCCAUCGUUUUGGCCGUCAGACAUAACAAACUCACUCACUCGCUUUCUCCGGACCCACGACGAAGCAGAAAUGGGCCAUAUCCUCUGACUGAGCACAGGCAAGCGUGGCCUCCGCCAACAGGCGACAGUUUAGAUGGGUGCGUCGCUGUGCAUGGUGUUAGCAUGGCUAGUUCAAGGUCAUUUGGUUUACUUUGA